UUCAUGGAUCGUUGGUCGGGUAAAAGAGCCAUAGAGGCGCGACCGGACUCAAAGAAGGGGACUGGUAUUGUUUUGAGAGAGAGAUUAAACAGCAAUGGUUGCAAGGUUCCUAUUUGCAGCGAUGAGAAAAAAUCAAUGAAGUUUACUCGGUUUGUUGGCUCCUCUGAUAAGAAAGAGAAGUCAGUGUGGUCUCCAAGCCGCUCUUCGCCAAAUGGGAAGGAAGUAAUUGGAACUUCCUCUAAGACUUAUGGCUCUAGCUCCUCUUCCGCGAAAAGUGAGAAGCAACCGUUGUCUCAGACAACCAUGGAUUCGUCAGAGAGCAGCAGAGGUAGCGAGGACGAGACAGAGACAGAAAUCUUGGAACUUUCUCGUGGAAGAGAUAAACAAAGAGCUCGCAAUAAACUUAUUUAUGGAAAAGUUCAAAGACCCGAAGCUGAGCCCUCAGAGUUGCCAUCAAGCUCAAGAAUCAAGAGAGGUUUUAGGCAGAGGUUUGGGUUGAGCAAGCAAGAGUUUCGUCCUGGUUCAUCUGGCCAGUCAACAUCUUCAAACCGAGGAUGCAGCCCGUUGUUAUCCGGUGUCAUCCCAAGUGGUUUUGGAUUGGAAAAAAGAUUAAGUCGGAAAGUGGAAACAAUCAAUAAGAGAAAAGUUUAUGGAGAAGGCAGUUCUAGCUCCUCAGCUAGGGGUAAAAGUACAACAGAACCACCUGCUGAAGAGAGACGUCGUGUUUUUAACCCGAGAGGUCCUGUUUCAGAUAGCAGACGAGCAAGACAUUGCGUUUUGAAUGAUGACAACGAUGUUGCUUUAGUUGGGAGUCAGAGAUCGGUGAAUAGGAAUAGUAGCCGCAUUAGAUUCUCGAACCGAGGGAGUGGUAGAAAUGGUUUAUCCUCUAUUACAACAGAAGAGAUGUCUCAGGCUGAAACAUCAGACAAUCUCAAUUCUCCUGUCUCUUUGGAGCUCUUCUCUGGUUUUCCAGAAUUUGGUCUCUCUGGUUCCUUAUCGAGUCCAGACAGCUUUCGCAGUUACAAUUUAGAUGGGAUCUCUGAGAUUUUGCCAGAACUUGAUAGGAUCGAACAAGAUAUUGAACUUAAUUACGAGGAACUUCUUCUCAUGGAAACAGGUUUACUUCUCGGUGGACUAAGCUUUUAUGACCAACACCGAGACAUGAGGCUGGACAUCGAUAACAUGUCCUAUGAGGAACUACUAGCUCUAGAAGAGAGAAUUGGUACAGUAAGCACUGCUCUCACAGAAGAAGCAAUAUCAAAGUGCUUGAAAACAAGCAUCUAUCAGAUGAAACCUUCAAGUUAUGGGUCUAUCACCAAAAAUCCUUGUGAUCACAAGGAAGAUGCCAAAUGCACUAUUUGCCAGGAAGAGUAUACGAUAGGGGAUGAAGUUGGGAGGCUACACUGUGAGCACACAUACCAUUUGAAGUGUGUGCAAGAGUGGUUGCGGAUGAAGAGCUGGUGCCCAAUCUGCAAAGCCACUGCAGAAACCUCCUCGUCGAAAUAA